ACCAUGGGAGUCGGUCUCUUCAGGUGGAUGAAAAACCUGCAAGGCGCCGUCACAGACCAUGACAGUAGAGUCGGGACGCCUUCCCAGUUUAUUCUUGUCGACUACGAAGAGACGUGUCUGGACGCACAAAACGAAAGAGCCUCCAAAUAUAUGGAUCCCGAACAUAUUUUCAUCGCUGGCGAUCAAAGCCUUAAAGUCCGGUACAUCUACGAAAGAAAUUCUUCAUUGACGGCGAAGGUGCAAUUCGUGAUCGAGAAGAUAAAAGCUUUUUCAAGCCCGGUCACACUCGGCUUCGCUCUUUUCGACAUGGAAUUCGAGUGCUACGUCGACAACUGCUGCGGUACCCGAAAAUACGGCAGGGUCAAAGACUUCAGGAAAUGCACCGAAAAGCAAGGGCUGUCGCCUUGUUAGCAGUCAAGGAAAGAAAUAAAGAGAAAUAAUCUUCCACGUAAAUAGGUGUCGC